AUGGCCCAGGAGUCGCGCUCUAGUGGUCUUCUACCUCCGCUCGCCAUUGUGCCGCCGCUGUUGGUGCAACCCCGAGGCGGUGAGGAGGAGCCGUGGGAGGGAAGGCGAGCGGGCGCUGUCCUAGAGGAGGUUCGCGCCUGGCGGGGGCUGCCAGUUUCCAGGAGCAUCCCCUGCCUGGACCCGCGGCCCAGCGGAGCUCCAGGAAGGCAGCCGUUGUGGACUGGUUUGGCGCCGGUGGACGCGAGCGAGGACCACGAGGCUGGGGCUGCAGACUGGAGGCGGGAGCCGGCAGCCCGCGGCCCGAUCCCUCCAACGCUGCAGCGUCUGCGGGCUGUGUUGCUGAGGCUGCACUGCGAGCGGGAGCAGCUUCUUCGGGCCCGCGACUGUGCCCGUCACCUGCAGGCGGCCGUGCGCCUCCUGAGAACUCUGAGUCCAGGCACAUCACUGCCCGGCCCCAGCCCCUUGCUUCAACUGUGCCAAGAUCUGCUGCCGCACCCUUCCCGAGGGGCAGUCCUGCGAACCCGGCUUCUUGAGGCCCUUGAGCCGCUGCUUGUGACGCGCCUUAUUGGACUAGCCACUCAGCGCCUGGAUGCUGCCAUAGAGAUGCAGCUUCUCAUUCUGGGCCGGGCUCCCUCCAGCCCUAGUCUGACGUCCCUAGUUUCCGAGCUGCUGCUGCUGCUCCCCACUUACCACCAGCUACAGGGAAAAACACUGAGCCACAUCCCGGGGGCAGCGCGCCCCUUUACCAAAGCCCGAGUGCUCCGCCUCCUGGCGGGGGAACGGGGUUGCCUGGUGGCAGGGCGGUUGGAUGUGGCGCUCAGGGGAUCAGGCUUGCGGGACCAGCUUCGCAAGCAGUGCCAAGAGGAGAGGGAGCUGCUGCCAGGGCUGCUGGGGCUGGCGGGGGAUGUGGAGGCUUCAUCCAGCAGUGGACUGGAGCUUGGAGGGGCUGGGGCCCUGUGGAGCCAGUAUUGGACCCUACUGUGGGCAGCCUGUGCUCAGAGUCUGGACCUGAAGCUGGGACCUUGGAAGGACCCCAGGGCAGCGGCACAACAGCUGAGCCAGGCGCUAGGUCAGGCAUCACUACCUCAGGAGUGUGAGAAGGAGCUGGCUUCUUUGUGCCACAAACUACUUCAUGAAUCACUUCUCUGGAGCUGGGACCAAGGCUUCUGCCAGGCCUUGGGAUCUGCUCAUGGGGAUCACAAUAGCCUUCCCUCAUCCUGGAAUGGUAGCUUCUGCUCUCGAACGACUGAACUUCUGCAACAGCUCUUUCCCCCACUCUUGGAUGCCCUUCAGGAACCCAGGUCAGGGCUGAUCCUCUGUCAGCCUCCAGGUCCUGCACCCCUUGCCCUGGGGCUCUGUACAAUCCAGACCACCUUGCUCUGGUUCUUGGGGAGAGCUCAGCAGCACCUGGCAGCCUGGACCCCAGGUUCUUUCUUGCUCCUGAUCCAGAAGGAUUUGCCUCCUCUGUUGCAGGAGAUACAAGCUCUGUCUAAUGUAGUCUCAGAGGAAAAGUUGGCCCUGGAGGUGGAACAGUGGCUAGGCUUGGAGGUCCAGAAGUUGAUUGCACAGCUCCAGCUCCUGCCAGAAGAAUCUCUAAGUCUCUUUUCUCAAGAAUGUCAUAAACAAGCCACACAGGGCUUUGAGCUCUACAUGCCACGGGGUCGGUACUGGAGACUUCGUCUCUGCCCUGAACUGCCUAGUGUUCCCAGUGAAUAUGCUGGGUUGGUGGUUCGCACAGUACUGGAGCCUGUGUUGCAAGGAUUGCAAGGAUUCCCACCCAAAGUCCAGGCCCCUGUCCUCAGUCACGCACUGACAGCCAUCCUAGGUGCCUGGCUGGACCACAUCCUCACUCACAAGAUCCGGUUCAGCCUGCAGGGAGCGCUGCAGCUCAGACAGGACUUUGGAGUGGUCCGACAGUUGCUGGAGGAGGAGCAGUGGGGCCUGUCCCCUGACCUUCGCCAGACACUGCUCAUGCUCAGCAUCUUCCAGCAGCUGGACGGGGCCCUACUAUGUUUAUUGCAGCAGCCCGUGCCCAAAACACGAGUCCACAGGAGGCCGCCCUGGUGCUGUGCUUGUAAUGAAAUCGAGACCACACAACUGCCCAGCAACAGCCUCAACAGCCUGGAGAGCUUGGAGCCCCCUCGUCGGCCUGGAGCAGCCUCAGCCCAGGCAGCGCAGUUGCUAAGCACACUGUGGGGAGGAGGACCCAACCCCGAGGCUUACCUGGUGGGAAAUCAGCAGGCCUGGCUUGCCCUGAGGCAGCACCAGAGUCCCCGUUGGCACUUGCCUUUUCUUUCCUGUUUGGAGACUGGUCCUGAACAGUAA